AUGGCACUACAGCAGCACAAUGAGUUUGAAUACACCUACAAAACAUGGUACACCUCCAAAAAUGUCACUGGGACUGAGUUCAAAUGUCGCUCGCAUGCUAUGUGCCCCAGCCGCCUCAAAAUUGUUGAGCGGAAACUUGGAGCUAACUUAGUUCGAUACGAGUUGUUGCAGAAGGGUGAGCACGGUGAUGCUUCUGGCUCGCGCACGCGGCAUGGUAUUGCAGCUGUUCACAAGUCUGAAAUUGACUCACUAUUGGAGUUAGGUAUGGGAGCAGGUCGAGUACGCAAUAUGUUGUUGCACAAAUAUCGACGCGAUCCUGACCUUUUGAAUUUGGUGCCUGAGGUUCGUAAGAUCGAGAAUAGAAAAGCGACUAUCAAGAAAAAUAUGGAGGAAGGCUGGGAUAUUGACGACUUCAACACAAUUGACAUCUGGGCACACUCGCGAUUGUGUCAAACCCGUGAAGUUUUCGACUCUGCCGACGAGUCAGACUUCGCAAAGAUGAACGAGUUGCUCGUGCUCGAGCGCUUCCAGCACAAUUUUGACGACAACGGAAAAACGAAAGCUUCGCUCGGCUUAAUCAUGACCUCGCGAGCGCUAUUUCGUAACGUGGCAAAAGCGACAACCUCUCAGAGAGGCAGUCUUGCGAUGUCGACGGACGGCACAUACCGAAUUCCAUUGUGGCAACUGGACGUUGGUGGAUUGCGGUAG